AUGUUUCCAAAUGUUUUUCAAAUUUUCAAGUUUCUUGCUGUGCUAUCACACCACAUUGUGGAACGACAUUACAAUGAAAUGACUCGUCACCAUCAAUUUCCGGCGAUGCAAUUACCCGAAGGUGCACAAUCACUCAAUAAUCCAAAGAAUUAUCAUAUGGAGAAACAUGAAAUGGAAUCUCCAUAUUUGAUUGAGAAGUCUGAAACAUUGCGUCGAGAGAAUAGAAAUGAAACUGCCGCUAAUUGCUUCAGAAAUGUCAAAUCUGAAAGUCAGACUACUGGAAGAACAGUUAGGGAAGAGCUUGAAGCGAGUCGUAGCAAAAUUCCAAAGCCAGAUUACUUCCAUGAAAAAGAUUCCUUUAAUGUUCACAAGAAAUUCAUAAUUGCUCAAGCCGUAGAAGAAUUGAAAGAAGAAGAAGAGAAGGAGGAAAAAAAUCGUUCAGAUCAAAUCACUGAAAUGCAGGUUUCUGUUAUUUAUGAUUAUUUUACAAAGAAAUUUAUUUUUUCGAUUUUAUGUUUACCUAUUUUUUAUAACGUUAGUCAUUGUGAAUAUUUGAAGCGUAAUAGUCGCAACUUAUCAUUCAAUGAAACGACUUGA